AUGCAGCCGGAAAUGUGGGGGGAGGGGCCCAAGCAGAAGGACAAGGUGCAGAAGUGCCUGCACAGAGAGGGGCAUGAAAAUACCCCCAGCGCUCCCGCGGGAACAUCCGGCGGGUUUGAAUGGGGCCUUGCGAUUGGAGAGGGGGCGAAUGGCUCCGGCGUCAGCUCGCGCAGCCCAGGCCCCUUCGGUCAGUCCUCCUCGGUCGACGGCGACGGGCACGAUCAGAGGCAUCGGCGCAAGAAGGCCACCCUGGUGGCCAAGAGGGGCGGAUCGUGGCAGAAGGGGGGACCGGAGACGGGCAGCGGGCCCUGUUGGGCGGGUGCGGGCCUCGGCGCGGCGCAGCGGGACUGCCCCUCGACGUCCAAAGGGCGGGUGGCGGGCGCGCCUGGCGUGGUGAAGUCAGAUUUCGAGUCUGGUUGGGCGUCUCGGCCGCGGGAGGGCGCGGGGCCCAAGCUGUUCGCCUUCAGCACGUCUCCCGGCCACGGGGGCGGCGCAUUCGCAGCCAAGUCGCGGUCGGAUGCCCCGGACGGGCCGAGGGAGGGGGGCGAGAGUGGGGCCUCGUUCUCGCUGCCGAGCUCCAGGGGACACGGGCGCCGCGGCGGCGGGGAUCCGAAGAUGGGUGGGGGGCUGGACCGGCCGAUAAUGUACACGCCGGCGCCGCUGCGCAACGGACGCGAGCAGCCCGAGUACAGGCCCCCAGUGGACAUUGGCCCGCCGUCGCCCACGACGUCGAUGGCGGAGGAGCAGGGCGAGGAGAGCGACAUGAGCGGCGCCGCGGACAUGUUCGCGCCGGUGCAGCCGCCGGCGGGCGGGACGGGGAGGGGGUGGUUCAGCCUGGGUGGCCUGGGGGGCGGCAAGCCGCCCAGCCUGGAGGUGGCCCGCGUCCGCAAGGCGCCCGCGCCGAGGAUGAACAUCCUGGCGGACCACCUCGGGGAGCUGGAGAUUGGGGAGCUAACGGCGGAGGGACUGGACCUGUCGCACAACGUGGAGAGCCUGCUCAGCCUGGGCAGCGCCCCGUGCGGCGAGGGGGGGUCCAAGGGGCCGGCGAUGGGCGGGGCGCAGGUGGAGGGCGACGGGCGCAGGCACCCGGGGGAGGGCGCGGGGGGUGGCCCGGAGGGUGACGAGAAGGCGGGGGAGUUUGGGUGCGAGCAUUUUGGGAAGAGGCAGAAGUUGAAAUACCCGGGGGAUGCGCAGAACAGGUGGAGCGGAAGCGAAGCUGGGAGCCCACCUGCAGAACGUGGGAUGGACCUCCCCCACCGAGCGCCCGGCGAUUCUGUGGGCGCCCAGCAUCAGGAGAAUCGGGCAACCGGCUGGGGCCAGGCAAGGGGGCCCAGCCCAACGCCCUUGGCCAACGAGGCCCCGUCAGAGGUGGAGGUGAAGGAUGCCGCACCUUCACUGACGUCAAGGAUCUACAAUGGGGUGUACAAGUUCGUGUUUGGGUCAGCAGAAGGCGCCCAGCAGGGCACAGGGCCCACGGCUGCAGGGAGGUUGGCAGGUAGAAAGGUGGCCCCAAAGUCUGAGGGCAGCAGGGUGGCAGAGGACAGCGAGGCACCUCAGUUUGUGGCUGGUGGCCCCAAGUCGUCACUUUUCUUUCAGGCUGGUGAAAGCACUGGCAUCGGCAGAUCGGGAGGUUUUUCAGGGACUUUUUGCAAUGCCGCUUCUUCAUCAUCGCACACUGAAACUCGUGGCAACUCUGCACCAGGUCGUUUCCCUGACAUACAGUCCUGGGCUGGAGUAGACAGCAAUCAUACAAGCGAUCAUGGGCGAGGCCAGAACUCCAUAUUCAUGUUCAAGGGGGGUGCCAACACAGCACCUACCGUUGCUGGCAGGAAACAGACAAGGGCCACCAGCAUGACGCCGGGAUCGUCUGAUGGGGCAAGGCUGCGUGCCCGAAGGAGGAAAUCCACACCAGGAGGGCAGGUGGAGUGCCCCAGCACUGUGCCCUUAGCUGCGAAGGUGACGCCCAUGAUGUGGUCACCAGCUCAAACGCCUGUUCUUCCAAGAGAUGAGAAGGGGAAGCAGAACUGGCUGGGAGGACCCACUCCUAUGUCUACACAGAUGCCACAGCCCUCUUUACAAGAGAAGCCAAUGGCUGACACCCCCAUGUCUGUGUUUCCCAGUGGCAAUGCCGCAAAUUGUGCAACACCCAUGUCCAUGAUGGCAGAAGAGACUCAAGGUCGCAUCUGGCAAAACCCAUCCCAGGGGACAUCCAGUGGUGUGCCUUUUGACUGCCCGAUGUCUUUGUGCACCCCCGUUGGUGUGCAGACAGAUGACCCUGGCAAGGCACAAGACCGCAUGCAUCCGAAGCGCGCCACUGAGCCCCUGGUGCACCCUUUGACUGAAAUGCUGUGGACGCCUAGAGACAAAAAGAGUGGCAAUAAAUUUGGUGAGAUGAGCUCGGCGUCUUGCAGAGGGGUAUCAGAAGAGCCUGCAAGCUCCUGGCCUUCUGCUGACCUCUCCCGACCCUCAUUCCAGGGCAUGGGGAGGAUGGAGUGGCCUUCUAGCAAUUUGGUGUCUUCAGGUGUUGGUCAAGAAUCACCCAUGUCAAGCCAGAGAAAGUGCUUGAGGGCAAAGAAAGGGCGGCAGCAAUUGAAGAACCAGCUGCCCAACCAGAAUCAGGCAGGCGCCUCAAGCACAGCCCCUGGUGGUCCCCAGUCAGAGGAGCAAAUUCUGCAGGCAGGGGAAGCACACAAGAGGAGGGGCAACGACUUUUUUUCAAAAGCGAAGUAUGUUGAGGCGGAGGCUCAAUACACCCAAGCUCUGGACCUGCUCAAGAGUCUUCCAAAGUGUGUGCAUCUGGCACCCCUCUUCUGCAAUCGAGCUGCAGCAUGGCUGAUGACCAGCAGUCCCAAGAGAGCCCUAAAAGAUUGCCAAUGUGCCCUGGAGGUGGACAAGACUUAUGCCCGUGCCUACAUCCGGGGCACGACCUGCCAGCUGCGUCUCGGCAACUUUGCCGCUGCAAAGGAGAUGUUGGGGAGUGCAAAGCUGAAUGUGCCAUCGAACUGUGGCCAGUACCUGGAGGUCGCACCCAAGCUGACUGAAGUCGAGCAGUUAGAGUCGCAGUUUCAGCGUGUGAAAAGCCACCUGAUGCAGGGCGAGGUCUUAGAGGCAGGGCUCCGGGGUGGCUUGCAGGAGUUGGAGGGCAUGGAGAAGGAAUUGAGCCACAGCGAGGAGAUGUGGGCCCUAAAGGUGCUGUGCCUCCUGCGCGUUGGCGACCAUGGGCGGGUAACGCCCAUCUUGGACUGUGUUUGCAAGUCUCUGGAUAUUCGUCCUCCCAGGACGCUCUGGUGGCAGUGGAUAGCACUCCAGGCAUGGUUCCACGAUGGGAAACAGGAUGAAGUGUCUCGGAGGUUGACUGAGCUCAUAUCAACUCUUGAACAGCAACCCGAGGAGGCGAUGGCCUGCCCGACUGGAUUUACGAUCAGACCCAACCUGCAAGAGCUGAAGGACAUCGCCAAGGUCGAAGCUGAUGCGAACCAGCUAAAGCUGGAAGGAAAUGAGUGGUACCGGAAUAAAAACUUCAAGAAGGCAAUAGAGCUGUAUGCCAAGGCGCUGACUACCUGUAAGCAGGGAGCUGUAUCUGGUCGUUUUUUGGCCAUUUUGCUGUCUAAUCGAGCAGCUGCCCACCAAGGAGCUGGAGCCUAUGCAGAGGCCAUCGCAGACUGCUGCAUGGCGCGGGCUUUGGACACGACGUUUGUCAGAGCCCAGGUCAGGCUCGCAACUCUACUGCUGGAAAUCGUGCGGCCCCAGGCAGCAGUGGAUGUGCUGCAGAGAGUCAUUGACUUUGGCAACGUGGACCACAGCGAAGUUAGGGAUCUCAUGCGGCGACUAGCCGAAGCGCAGGUGUCAGCAGUGAAAGACCCCACACCGGACCACUUCAAGCUGCUGGGCCUCCAGGCAACUUGCAAGAUGGAUGAGCUCAAGAAGGCCUACAGGCAGCUGGCUGUCAGGCUCCACCCUGACAAGGCAGCUCUGAAUUGCCCUUACAGUUUGAGGUUUGGCCCCAGCGGUGUGAAGGUUCUGGGAGAGAGCAAAGUCCUGGAUACCAUCAAGGAGGAAGCUAGCUGGCUGUUCAAGCUGAUCAAUGAGGCCAAUGAUGCGAUAACCAAUGACCUAAAGCACAAGAAGUUGGAGCGUGAGCUCUUUGGCGAUGAGGUGCGCAGGGGUUAUAACACAGCGGGCAAUCGCAGCAGGCAUGAUGGGCCAAUUUUCGGAUAUGCCAGAAACAACACCUACAGGCAGAGCCAGCGUGCUGGAUUUCAGAACCAGCAUGGCUACUACACACGCAGCGGAGGGUAUGCUCCAGAUGCUUUCAGUGGCCGCAGUGGAUGGAAUGCGAACCGUGGUUUCUGA